UUGCGCAGGUCUCCUCGUGAUGACAGCAAAUGACAGCACUGUUCGUUCCUGCAGAAGCCAGUGAGAGACGGCUAACCGCCAACAAACAACCCCACUGACUCGAGAAAUCUUAUGAACAGCUGUGUUUAGAGAAACCGUGGACGACCAGUAGACGCUAAUUACAUUUGUCAUUUAGCUCUCUGCCUGUGUGCUGGUGAAGAUGGUGAAGCCAGAUAUCCACACUCUGGCCCACCACCUGAAGCAGGAGCGGCUGUACGUGGCAUCGGAGAAGCAGCUGAUCCAGAGGCUCAACAGUGAUGUGCUGAAGACAGCCGAAAGGCUGUACCGGGCUGCAUGGAUUUCGAAACAGCAGAGGAUCAAUCUUGAUCGGCUCAUUCUCACCAGUGCGGAGGCAUCUCCGGCCGAGUGCUGCCAACAUGCAAAAAUGCUGGAAGACACACAGUUUGUCGAUGGCUACAAGACUCUGGGCUUCCAGGAGACGAUCUACGGCGAGUUUGUGGCCAGAUUGAGGGAGAAUCCUAGACUGGUGGCAUCCUGUCUGGUGGCAGGAGAGAGACUUAACCAGGAGCACACCCAGGCAGUCAUCCAUACAGUCUUCACCUCACUUUAUGGGAACUGUAUCAUGCAGGAGGAUGAGAGCUACCUGCUACAGGUGUUGCGAUACCUGGUAGAGUUUGAGCUGAAGGAGAGUGACAAUCCUCGCCGUCUACUGCGCCGGGGAACCUGUGCCUUUAGCAUCCUUUUCAAGCUCUUUUCUGAGGGCCUGUACUCAGCCAAGCUCUUCCUCACUGCCACCCUCCAUGAACCCAUUAUGCAGCUCCUGGUGGAAGAUGAAGACCACCUGGAGACGGAUCCUGCCAAGGUGACAGAGCGCCUCACUCCUGCCCAGCAGGAACGCUUUGGAGAGAAGGGUUCUGAGACCUACAGACAGCGGGUGCAGGCCGCUGUGGAGGCCAACGAAGCCAAGCUGGUAGCUCUGGUCAAUAAGUUCAUUGGUUAUCUGAAGCAGAACACCUACUGCUUUCCCCACAGCCUGCGCUGGAUUGUGUCACAGAUGUACAAGACUUUGUCAUGUGUGGAGCGUCUUGAAGUGGGUGAGGUGCGCACCAUGUGUACAGACCUACUGCUGACUUGCUUCAUCUGCCCAGCUAUCGUUAACCCAGAGCAGUAUGGUAUCAUCUCAGAUGCUCCCAUCAAUGAAGUGGCCCGAUUCAAUCUAAUGCAGGUUGGGCAGCUUCUGCAGCAGUUGGCCAUGGCUGACGAUGAUGCAGACCCAAGACGGAAGAGCAGUUUGUUGAAAUUUGAUAAGAGUUGUGUUGCUGCCUUUCUGGAUGUGGUGAUUGGAGGAAGAGCAGUUGAGACCCCACCCAUGUCCUCAAUGAACCUUCUUGAAGGCCUCAGUAGAACUGCGGUCUAUAUUACACAUAAUCAGCUGCUCGUGCUGGUGGACUUUGUGCGGAGUGUGAUGGCAGGAGACCAUCUUCGGGAAGAGGAGCACAUGGCUCUGGAGACCCUGGUUGCCAACGUGCCCCAGAAUCGAACUGUGAAGAGCAACAGUCUGGAGCUCACUCCCUCCAACACUCCCCAGCUCUCCCCAGCUACCACUCCUGCCAACAAGAAGAACAGACUCCCCCUAGGACAACACUUAGCAUCCUUAACAUCCUGGGACCCCACUGCCACCACUCUGUCUGCACACAUUCCAUUAGUAACCCCUUUUGCAGCUGCCCGUAGCCGCAGCCGUACCAACAUCGCCCAGGAGGGGGAGGCAGAGGCUAGCUCCCAAGAAUCCCUACAAGAGCUGAUGCCAGAGGAGGUGCUGGUGAUUUCACUGGGAACUGGUCCUCAGACGGUCCCUGGGAUGAUGUCAGAGAAUGAGGUUUUGAACCUGCAGAUGGCUGAUGGGACCCAGGGGGACGGUCAUGCUGAUGAUACUAAGCUGCAUGGCAAACCAGACAAAACCCUGCGCUUCUCGCUCUGCAGUGACAACUUGGAAGGAAUCUCAGAGGGUCCAUCCAAUCGUUCAAAUUCUGUGUCAUCUCUGGACCUGGAAGGAGAGUCUGUUUCUGAGCUGGGGGCUGGACCAUCAGGGAGUAACGGGGUGGAGGCCCUCCAGCUUUUGGAGCAUGAACAAGCCACCACUCAGGACAACCUGGAUGACAAACUGCGCAAGUUUGAGAUCAGAGAUAUGAUGGGUCUGACAGAUGAUCGGGACAUCUCUGAGACGGUCAGCGAAACCUGGAGCACUGAUGUGCUUGGCAGUGACUUUGACCCCAACAUGGAUGAAGAUCGGCUGCAGGAAAUAGCAGGGGCAGCUGCAGAGAACAUGCUUGGCAGCCUGCUGUGUCUUCCUGGCUCUGGUUCAGUCCUGCUUGACCCCUAUGGCUCCACCAUCUCAGAGACCACAAGUGAGGCCUGGAGUGUUGAAGUCCUUCCCAGUGACUCAGAAGCCCCAGACCUGAAACAGGAAGAACGUCUGCAGGAGCUGGAGAGCUGCUCAGGGGUUGGCAGCACCUCGGAUGACACCGAGGUCAGAGAGGUUAGCUCGAGACCCAGCACACCAGGCCUCAGUGUUGUCUCAGGUAUCAGUGCAACCUCAGAAGACAUCCCCAACAAGAUCGAGGACCUGCGGUCAGAGUGCAGCUCAGACUUUGGAGGGAAGGACUCUGUGACCAGUCCAGAUGGGGAGGAGUCAGGCCACGGAGCACACCAUCUAACAUCUCCACCCUCACAGUCCGAUUCCUUACUUGCCAUGUUUGAUCCCCUCUCCUCUGCUGAAGGCUCCUCCACUGGAACAAUAGUAAGGCCUAAAGUGCACUACGCCAGGCCCCCUCACCCUCCCCCGGAUCCACCCAUCCCUGAAGCUAGUGCCCUGGGGCAGGAGACGCGCCACUCUCUCUUCACGCCUCACUGCCUGGCCCAGGCUGAGCUGGAACACACCAAGCAGCGUCACUCCUUCCCUGACAGGCUAGUUCGGAGCCGCAGUUCUGACAUCGUCUGCCCCGGCCGCCGGCCAACAAGUGACCCUGGCCUUAACCGGCGGGUCGCAGUCGAAGAGCGCGACCCUGCCGGAGCCUUCGCCUUAGGACCAUCCUCGUCCCCCAGCAAAGACUCCCUGAAAGGAGAGGUUGAGGACAGAAAAGACAGUGACGAUGAGAAGUCUGAUCGCAACAGACCAUGGUGGAAGAAGCGCUUUGUGUCGGCCAUUCCCAAAGCUCCUAUAGCAGCAUUUCGGAAAAGGGAUAAGCAGGAGAAAGACGAGAUCACCCCGGAGCGGAUCCCACAAGAUGACCCAUUGCCCAGACAGAGCUGUCAGGCGCAGGCAGCUGAAGACAUCCUGGACAAGUACAGGAACAUCAAGAGAACCAGUCCGAGUGAUGGAGCCACAGGUGGAGCUUCUUAUGAUGGGACAGGAGAUCUUUGUGUGGAUGACAACGUGCACGACUCUCCCCGAGAAGACACCCUGCAGAACAUUUCCACAGAUGACCUCCCGGACUCAGCCAGCCAGACAGCACAGCAGCAUGACUCCAAGUUCUCAUUCAGUGAUGCAAAGAAGAAGUUGAGGCUGGCCUUGUGCUCUGCGGACUCUGUGGCUCUGCCCAUCAUGGCUCCUGCAACCACAAGAAAUGGACUUCCUGAUCACAUGGACUCUGAGGACAAUGAGAUCGUCUGCUUCCUGAAGGUACAGCUAGCAGAGGCUAUCAACCUUCAGGAUAAGAACCAGAUGGCCCAGAUCCAGGAGACCACGCGCUGUGUCAGCCGCUUCGAUCCACGCACCUGCAGGAAGCUGCUGGCUGCCAUUGCGGAGGAUUACAGAAAGCGGGCUCCAUACAUAGCUUAUCUAACCAGGUGUCGUCAGGGCCUUCAGACCUCUCAGGCCCAUCUGGAGAGGCUCCUCCAGAGGGUGCUGCGAGACAAGGAGGUGGCUAACCGCUACUUCACCACCGUCUGUGUUCGACUCCUUCUGGAACACAUGGAGUCCAAGAUGCUUGACUUCAUUAAAGCGUUCCAGGGGUGCACGGCAGCGGAUGACAAGACAGCAGCAGUGGAGGAUUUUCUGCGCUACUUGUACGGUGCCAUGGCCCGUGAUGCCAUUUGGCAGUAUGCGAGCGAGGACCAGCUGCAGGAUGCCCAGAUGGCUAUCGAGCGCAGCGUUAUGAAUCGCAUCUUCAAACUGGCCUUCUACCCCAACCAGGAUGGAGAUAUUCUCAGAGACCAACUUUUUUAUGAACACAUCCAGCGGCUCUCGAAAGUGGUGACGGCCAAUCAUAAAGCUCUUCAAGUCCCAGAGGUUUACCUGAAGGAGGCCCCCUGGCCCUCCGCUCAGUCUGAGAUCAAGACCAUCAACGCGUACAAAACGCCACGUGACAAAGUUCAGUGUAUACUGCGCAUGUGUUCCACCAUCAUGAACCUCCUCAGUCUGGCCAAUGAAGACUCAGUCCCUGGGGCGGAUGACUUUGUCCCUGUACUUGUGUUUGUCCUCAUUAGGGCAAACCCGCCCUGCCUGCUGUCCACCGUUCAGUACAUCAAUAAUUUCUAUGCCAGCCGGCUGAGUGGGGAGGAGUGCUAUUGGUGGAUGCAGUUCACCGCGGCGCUGGAAUUCAUUAAGACCAUCGACGAUCGCAAGUGAAGCAGAACAGCCACCUGUAUGGGCAGACUGCGGGGGAAGGAGCCGGGAGACUGGGAGACUUCCCAACCAACUGCUCCCUCUGCACAGCUUAGAAAACCUGGCCCUCAGCCUGCUCUUUAUUUGUAUAGCUUGUACAUAGCCAGAGACGUUGAAAGAUUACAAAAUAUAUAUUACUGUACGUAUGUGGACAAAUCCAGGUUUUAGCCGUGCUGAAAAAAACGGCCUUUGGGAAAAAUUAGCAAGAUGUUAACUUUGAACCUGAUUUGGAUUUUUCCUUCUCGUUUUGUCUCUUCAAUCAUAUUUCACUUUUGGGGUCUGUAUUAGGAAUUGUAUAUAUAUACACACAAUUAUCAUUACCAUUACUGAUAUGACAUUAAAUCAAACUAAAAGAUAAUCCUAUAUGAAGGGACCAGACUUCCUUGAUGUGAUCACUGAUCUUUUUUCCCCCCCUGAGUAAGAGGGAAGGGCUUCCAAUUAAAUUACAAUAUAAUGUUGAUUAAAUGCAUUGUAACGUGGGGAUUUACAGUGCGUGAUAGUUACUGAUGGGAUUUAGUGGCUCAUAAACACUGAGAUCAAUUCACAAUAACCAUAGCACUCAUAAGGUUAGUGUAUCAAAUAGUAGGGCAGCUUAUUUUGAGAAUUGUUUACUUCAUCUGAUUCCCAAAAACAAGUGUGUCAGUGACAAUUUGGACAUAAGGGCCCACAUAUUUAUACGAAAUAAAAUGUAUUUAUUUCUGUAAUUCUAUUUAAUGCUUUGUUUAUCUCAUUUAAAAAAAAAUGCAAAUGCAUAUCAUGCCCGUUUAAGAUGUCUGAGGCGAGUGGUGUUAUUAUAAAAAAAGCUUGCAAGAAAAGCUUGAGUUAGGAAGGCACCUUAGUGAUGAGUGGCCCACGGGUGGGGAUGCUGAUACAGGGUCAACUGGUGCACAAGAGCAGAGGUGGCAUUUUUUUGGAAAUAUUAUUGAAAUAGUGCCUUUGAUGUGGGGGGCGCUCUGUACAGGUAGAUUUCUUUUUUUUUUAACCUAGCAUAGGCAUUAUCCCCACCCUUCCCCACCUGCCAAACACUCCAACAGGCCGACCACGCACCACCACAUCGCUGAUUGUCAUGGCUCAGUCCCUUUAAAGCACUUGAGUUUGAACAAAUUUCCCCUCUGGUGUUCUAGAUCCUACCUCAGAGUUGAAACCAAUGAGCCUGAUAUCAGUGUGUAUACAGUAACUGUCUUGCAUUGGUUCACAACAGGGUACUGGAUCACUUUUGCACUGGUUAAAAAUUAGUGAGGGGAAGGUAGGAAAAUAUAGAUGCUAUGCUGCUGUUAUGCUUGUUGUGGUCACAUCACCCUUAAUUAAAGGAACACUUCACCUAAAAAUAAAAUUUCAGUGAAAAUCUUCUCACCCCCAUGCAGGUGGAAAGUUGGGAGAAGUUUUGUAUUCUACAAAACAUUUCUGCAGCUUUACAGCAAAACCACAGUACAGCAUUCUCCUAAACAACUGAAGUAAAUGGGGAUUUGUUUAAAGAAAAAAAAAAAAAACACAAAAUGGCUCCAUACAGUUUGUCCAGCGUAGUCCAAGUUUACGGAAGCCCUGAGAUCCCAAACUGAUUUGAAAAGAUGUUAUUAACACCCUUCAACACACACACUUCAGAUGCUGUUCAAUCUAAGGCUUUUAGCUUAGCAGCUACACUGAAAGGGUGUAAGGGUGUUUUUUUUACAGUCUUUUUGAAUCAGUUUGGGAUUUAGGGAUUAUUUAAACAAGUCUCCAGCUACGUCAGUUGAUUUGGAGCAAUCAACUGAUGUGGCUGUUGUCUACUGUUGCAAUGUUGUUUUGCUGUGAAGCUCCAGAAAUGUUUCAUAGACUAUUAAACUGCACCGGACUUUCCAUUUACAUGGGGGUGAGUAGAUAAUGCCUGAAUUUUCACGUUUGGAUGAACUGUUCCUUUAACACAAGCCUUUCUUAGCGAACAAAGACAUUUUAGAUUUGAAUCGUAGACCUGAGAUGCCACAUGUGUCCACAUGGGCAGACUAGUGAUUAUUGGAUAUUAGCUCUCUACCUCCUCAUAAGUUCAAGAAAGGGACUCUUGUUUAUGUGCACUUAUAUUUCUUUUUCUUUCCCAAUUUGGCGUGCUGUGAUAUCCCAGUGUCAUUGUAACUUUCCAAUUAUAAUACAAGCAUGUCUUUAAUUACCCAGAAAUGACUAAAACUCAUCCUGUCUUGAAAUCCUCUGCUUCAUUUUUGCGCACUCACGUGCCACGUGUAUUAUAGUUUGAUAACCCUUGACUUUUCACCAUAAAUGACCUGACAGCACAAUACACAGUAGGAUAGAAGAGCAAAUAAUCAACACUAUUGACUUGUUACUGACUUGCAGUUUAUGCUAAAGUGGUUGGUGUAAUACGUGAGUGUGGUUUUUAAUCUAGUGAGCGCGCGUGAGACGAUCGUGUGACUGCUUGACCCUCUGCCUCCUCUUGCAUGAAGUCAUUGGAUGGUCUGUACAUUCUCAUUCAUGAUAAACAGUAGAAUAGGAUUAGCAUCUGCCACAGGCCAGUAAUUGAACCUGCAAGAGGACGCAAAGCUUCUCUUUGUGUCCGUGAUACUUGCAUAUCAGAACUCAAUGAUUUAUUUUGCACAAAACAGAUGUGUUUUCCUGAACAAAUUGACAGGGAGCAGUGCAUUUUGAAAUGUCAUCACUUCUCGUGUAAACAUUUUGUGAUUUUGAAAUAAUAUUUGAGUAGCUGAGUUAAGCACCUGACUGUUACUCUUUUGAACAGACGAACAUCCACAUUUAUGGGCAACCUCACAAAUGCGUUUUUUCGCAUCCGUCUACAGCAGCACGUGCGCCAGAUUUGUACGUGUCUGUGCAGUAUGCUUCCUUGCAGAGUCUGUGUAAUCAAUUUGAUGAGAAAACCAUGCACUGGAAAAUCAAGUUGCAGGUUGCAUCUAUACUAAUUAGGUUUAUGUGAUGUCACUUUAAUUGGAAAUACAUACUCCACAAAUCUGAUGAAAUUAUUUGGACCUGGCUUAUGUUUCUGCGUUCCCACUGAUAGCAGGUCGCAGCAGCUCCAUAUGAUCCUGGAGAAGUACUGAUCAAAACACUGCAUCAUUUACACAAAAUCACAUCUGACUGUGAUAGCAACUGUACUUUUAGCUCUGAUUGUAUGCAAACCACUGGACAGUGGUGUCAAGAAAAACCGACUGAGUCGGUCUGUUCUUCAAAGCUUUACUGCUCUGCUCCCUGUGCAAUUGAGUUGAAAGCAGAGAAAGAAUAAAAUAGAGUUUUACAUCUUAACAUCUAAUUUUACAUUUAAUUGUAAGCUUGCACAAUUAUGACAUGCGGGGAAAUCCGGUUUGUCUUUACUGUGAUUAAUGCAUUAUGUAAUUCUUUAAAAACAAUAAAAGAAGCAGAAGUUUUU